AUUAAUACCACAACCAAUACAACACCUCACAACUUCACCAUAUUAAUCAAACACAAAGAAAACCCUCUCCAUCCAUCAAGAAAAAAUGUCCAAGAAAAUGAAGAAGAUCCCCUCAAUUUUCAAGAGCAAAGAGGCCAACAGGCAACCACAUUGGCAAUGGCCAUUGCCCUCCUGCAAGCACCCCAAGACCCUUUCCUUCCGAGCUACGACGUCCGACGAUGUCUUCAAGACCGUCAACUCCGUCUUCCUCGACACCUCCAUCGACGUCCUGGAAACCCUAGAAACCCCGGAAUCCUGGUUCACCAACUCGUCGGAGUGCGCCAGCACCUUCUCAGCAGACGAGCACUCGGACGACAACAACAACGUUGAGUCCCCAUCAUUGGAGGCGAUCAUGAAGGGCGUGAGGUCGUCGGAGAGGCUGUUCUUCGAGCCGGGGGAGACCAGCUCCAUCCUCAAGGAACCAGAAAUUAGCGGCAGAGCAGCACUGCUGCCGUUCAAGGAGAGCGUAGCGCUAGCCCUCGAGUCGGACGACCCUUAUUCGGACUUCAAGAAAUCGAUGCAAGAGAUGGUGGAGAGCCAUGGAUUGAAGGAGUGGGAUUGCUUGGAGGAACUGCUGGGUUGGUACCUGAGGAUGAAUGGGAAAAGCAAUCAUGGGUUCAUAGUGGGGGCGUUUGUGGAUUUGCUUGUCGGAAUGGCGAAUGAUCAUCAUCGUGGUAAUGAUUCUUCGGGCUCGUCGAUGGCAGUGUGCUGCUCGGACACAUCGACAACGUCGUAUUCGUCUGCGGGUUCUUGCUUUGAUUCGCCCACUUCGCCUCGUUCACCAACCGGCGGAGUGAUGGUAGGUGAUGGUAAUCAGAUGGGAAUUGAUGAUGUUGCUGUUGUCGUUGGACAACCUUAGCUUUAUUGUACGUACCUCAUUUUGUGUGUAUAUUAAUACUACUAUACUAGGUUUAAUCAAAA